GCCUUCGACUACUCGGUCGACGACUACGAGUCGGGCUCCAAGUUCGCCGCCAACGAGAACAGCGACGGCAAGCAGACGUCCGGCUAUUACACGGUGGCCCUGCCCGACGGCCGCGUCCAGACGGUCAAGUACACAGUCGACGACUACGCUGGUUACAACGCUGAGGUCACGUACGAGGGCGAGGCCCAGUAUCCCGAGGAGCCCGAGUACAAGGCCGCCCCUGCUCCCGUCUACGAGGCUGCUCCCGUCUACAAGCCCGCUCCCGUGUACCAGGAGCCCGAACAGGAGACCAUCUACGCCUACCGUCCCGUCCAGAAGUACAGGAACUAA